AUGGCUGACGAUGCCCUUCUUCUUGAUACUAACCCUACAUUCAGCGCUUCGCCGGUAACGCCCAUCAAUCUGAUCCUCCUCUCUCUCUUCGCCGUCCUCGUCUAUCUCCGCCUCAAGCCGUCCGCUCCGCCAGCCCUUCCGCGCGCUCCGCCGCCCACCGUCUUCCGCACAUUCACCCCGCCCGAGCUGUUUCCCUACAAUGGCCUGAAUGGCAUGCCCGUGUACCUGUCGGUUCGCGGCCGUGUCUUCGAUGUGACCUCGGGACGGAACUUCUACGGCCCCGGCGGUCCCUAUGCCAACUUCGCUGGGCGCGAUGCGAGCAGAGGACUGGCGUGUGGUAGCUUCGACGAGGAAAUGCUGACCAAGGAUCUGGACGGCCCGCUUGACACGCUGACUGACCUCGACGAUGAGCAAAUGGAGGCCAUGAGAGGCUGGGAGGAGAGGUUCCAGGAAAAGUACCUGGUAGUAGGAAAGCUGGUAGCUGUCGGCAGCAAGGAAGCUGAAGAGGCGAAGGCGCAUCAAUAG